AUGGCAAGACUAAAACGGGUAUUAUUGUCGCCUAGAUCGUACAUUAAAUCGAUACUAUUGGUGACUAUCAUUUAUACAAUAUAUUUAUCAACUUCAACUACCACUUCAGUAUAUUUAACCACCACUCAAUCCAAACUAAAUAUAUAUAAAAACCAAUUAUAUCAAAAGAUCAAUCAUCAAUUCAAUCAAUGGUAUUACAAUAUCUUAGCUUCCGAUUAUGAUUUCUUUUCUGAUUCAAAUUUCCAACAACAAUUAACUGCAAUCAAAUCUGAAAAAUUACACGAUGAAAAUCAUAAACUAGAUCUUUGGAAUCUUGAUGAUAGUUUUAAAUUACCUUUAUCGGUUAAAGUACCCAAUUAUUUAUUAUCUUCUUCUUCUUCCUCGUCGUCAUCAAGUACUGACGAGAAACCUUUGAUCCAGCCAUUUGAUCCUCGUUUAACAUUAUCAGUAUACUAUAAUUACAUCGAAACACACAUUAACAAACAAAGUCAUGAUAGCAGUAAUGAUCUAAAAUUACCAUUUCAUUGGUCUGAUUGGGUUGAUUUCUCCAAAUUAAACAAGUAUAUUCUUAAUCCAUUGAAAACUGACCUUUGUUCCAAUUUAUUUGAUUUAUCUCAUGAUGACAAAUUGAAUGAGGAUUCUGAAAUUAAAAGUGUUGAUAAAUAUUGUCAAUUUAUGGGUAACACUAAUAAUGAUAAUGAAAAUAAGGCUACUAAGAUGUUGGGGUAUAAGAUUUUUGCCCCAGCCCAUGCUCAAACAGGUGAUAAUCAUGAAUUAAUUGGUAAAUCAUACCUUUACACCCAAGCACCAUCGCCGAAACGGUUGGUUUUUUUAACAAAUACUAAUGAUAAUUACCAAUUUGACAUUGAUAACUAUAAUGUGAACAAUGUUACUAAUUCAAUUUUAUACAAUGAGAAGUUGACUUCAGACUUGGAAUCAAAAGUUACCAAGGAAAAUGAACAAUCAUCAACAUUAAAUGUAUUGUCAAGUUAUAUUUCCUUGAUUAAGAAUUCUCCACCGUCACUAUUACCAACGAAACAACAAAACAACCAAAACAACCAAAACAACCCCAAUGAUAAUGAAAUCAAUAGUCAUGUAAUUGAUAUCCCAGAAGAAUAUUUUAUUAAUGAUCCACGAUCAAUUAUUAACCAGCUUGAAUCAUCAAAUUCACAAUUGUCAAACUCUGAACAAGAUUUUUUAAGUUCAAUAAAAUAUAGUGUUGAUUGUAAUGAUCCACCAAAAUAUUUUUAUGAAGCCAAAUUUGUUAAGGCAAUGAAAGAAAACUGGCAUGGUGAACAUUAUGAUUGGAGAUUUUUUAAUGGUGUUACAAUACAUAAUGCACAACAGCAAUCAAUUAUAUUGCACAGAUUAUUGAAAAAUUAUUUAAAAUUCACUCAAUCAAAUAAUUUAAUUACUUGGAUUGCUCAUGGUUCAUUGUUGUCCUGGUAUUGGAAUGGGAUUAAUUUUCCCUGGGAUAAUGAUAUUGAUGUUCAAAUGCCAAUUCAUGAAUUGUAUCAAUUAGCAAGGUUUUAUAACCAAUCUUUGGUAAUUGAAAAUGUUGGAACUAAGCAUCUUGGAAACAACAAACAACAACAAAAUGCUGGCAGUGAUAAAAAUGAAGAAUUUGAAUUUGAUGGUAUGGGGCGUUAUUUUAUUGAUGUUGGAUCUACAAUUACUCAUCGUACAAAGGGGAAUGAUAAUAAUCACAUUGAUGCUCGAUUCAUUGACAUUGAUACUGGAUUAUACAUUGAUAUCACCGGAUUAGCAUUGACUAGUGAACAAUCCCCAGAUAGAUAUGAUGAUUUAUUGACCAUUAAUCAAAAUAGUGCUGAAGCUAGACAAAAAUUGGAUCAGUUGAAACAAAACCAAAAAGAUGGUAAUAAUAAUAAUAAUCACUCAUUUAAAAAUCAACAAUUGAAAAUUUAUAAUUGUCGAAAUAAUCAUUUCAGUUCCUAUGAUGAAUUAUCACCACUAAUUCAAACCGUUGUGGAAAAUCAACCAGGUUAUAUCCCGAAAAAUUUUAUGGUGAUUUUAAAUGAUGAAUAUAAUUUAGAAUCUUUGACGAAAAAGAAUCAUCGUGAUUUCACUUAUUUUAAUAAUUUUAAUCUUUGGCUAAAUACUAAAGACGUGUCAAACUAUUUGGCAUAUAAACAUUCACCAAGUGAUAGUUCACCUGAAGGGAAUAAUCAAGCGUACAGUUUGAUUAAAUUUAAUAAGUUGCUGAAAUCAGAUCAUAUUAAUUUAUUAAAUUAUAAUGUAUUAAUGAUGAAAGAGUAUUUGGAAACAAUGAAUUUUACAAAUUAUCAUAAUUUAGAAUUAAAUCAAUUAUUAAAAAUUGGUAAUUAUAAUCAUAACCAUGUAAAUACUAAUUUAUCAAAUACUAGUAUCUACAGAGAAAGUUAUGAUUUAUUUAAUUAUUAUCGAGAUAAUUAUAAAUUAGGAUACAGUUUACGUCCAGACCAUUUUAUAAAUUUUAUUAUUCAUGAUAAUUCUCGAUGGGAUUAUCAAUUACAAGUUGACGAUUUGAUUAAGUUACAGAAACAAUUGAAUGAUGAUCCACAACAGCAACAACAACAACAACAACAAGAAAAAGAGCAACAAAAUUGA